UUAGAUCACAUCGUUCACAUCAUAUUGUCUAAUCAUUGCCAACAAAAAAAGAUUUUACCACCAAAUAGGCAAAUAAUAUAAAUAAAUAAAAAGAAGUUGUCAAAGGAAUAUUUCUUCUCGAUUUCCAAAGUUGACAAUGCAAAUGGCAGAGACCUCAGCUUUGUCUUUCAAUGGCUUUUUGGCGGCAAUCAAUGCCCUGUAACUAACUGUCGUAAGGACUUCUUCUCUUAUAUUAAACACAGUCUCUUUGACAUAAUUUUCCAGGAAAGGGAAAAGCUUUGUACUGCUUGUUGACAUAAUAAUAAUCACCAGCGCAAGAAUCCUCAGACAUGAAGCAGAAGCAGAAGAAGAAGAAGAAGAAGAAGAAGAAGAACAGAUCCUUUAAUCCUUGUUCCGACAAAACCCAGGAAUCUCUCGCUGUCUCUUCAUCCUCCCCGAGAUUCCUCUCCCUUCUCCGUUCUAAGGUCGCUUCCUCUUUUUCUCUCCCCUUCGAUUCUUCUCCGACUCUCACUGUGUCAGACAAUGUUCCAAGUUCAAAUCCUGGGAAAUGUGACUUGGGUUUUGUCUUUCAAUGGUGCUUUGUCAAAUGUUGCGGCUUUCUGUUGGUAAAGAACUCAAGCUUUUUCUCAGAAACUUGACGAAGAGAAAGAACAGAGAAGGAACUCUUCAAGCUAGACUUGGGAGAUGCCCCAAGUGCCAGAAGACUCUCCAGGAACCAGAAGAUUCACCUGCCCAUAGAUGCAGUAGAUGUGAAACUGCCCUUCAAUCAAAACAUUCGAAAUCAGAAGGGAAAGUUGCCCGGAUCAGUGAUAUCUCUGUGUCAGAGGCUACUCUCCUUUCUGCUGAACAAUGUGAUUUCAGAGCAGAGGAUGAUCCUGAAGAUGACGGUUCUAAGGUAAGGAAAACACAACAUGUGUAUGAUCCACCUGCAUCAUCUUCUCGUACCAGAAGUUAUGAUUCAGAAGCUGCUUACGAGCAUGAGAAAUCCGAUUUUCGCAAAGAGUGGCUGAGAAGGGGCAAGUUCCCUGUCACCAGUGAUUCUGAUAUGCUCGUUCAUGGCAGAUCCUCUGCAUAUAGCAUACGAUACAAGAGUCUACCUCCUGUUCCCUUCUAUCCAGCGAGCUCUUCCCUGUCUUCUUCCAAGCAGAGAAAUUAUCAUCAACUGAAGCAUUUCAGGCAAUACGAAAGAGAGGGAUGGUCCGGAGAGACAUCUAGUACCUCAUCGAUCCAUUUCUCGGGGGAAACAACUGAUUCAAGGUACUACCAGCUGUUGUCUGGACAAUCACCAGUGCGCCAUUUUCGGCACCAAAGAUUCCCAGGUCAGAGUUUCUACGAUUAUAGCAGCUCUUUCAUGGCAAUUCCACUUCGUUCUGAGCGUCCUUAUCCAGUGUGGAGUUCCAAGACUGAGUCAUGUAGCCAGAAAGGUACUUGCAGUGACAUGAAUGGUGAUGUUAAGGAGAGGAUUCCAGUGGUUAAGCGUCAUGUUCUUCCUACAGCAGGUGGUGCCCCUUUUGUAACUUGUUACUAUUGCUCGGAACUUCUGCAACUGUCUCAGGUGUUUCUCCACUGCAAAAAGAAGAGAUACCUGGUGAGAUGUGGUUGCUGUUCAGGAGUGCUUAAGUUCUCUUCUAACGUUUUGGAUCCCUGCCCGAGUCAUCGUGAUGAUAGUGAUAGUAGUGAUCAUCUGGAAGAUCGGGGUUCAGCUUCAGUAGAUCACAAGGAAUGUUGUCCGGACAAGGGUCAUCUGUCAUACUCAGACAAAGAUUGUGAAGAUUCUGUCUGUAAAAGUAGAUUGAGUAAUGAUGGCGAGCUAGUCAGUCCGCUGAAAUCUUUGGCGAAAUCUCAGGAUGCAUAUUCGGAACACUCCCAUAAUAUGUAUGAGAAUCCAAAUGAAAGAAGUGAUACUAUUGAUGCAGGAAAGGUGUCCAUAGAUGGAUCAGGUGUUUCCAUGGAGGAUAUUGGAUACAAGAAUGAGAAAACGAAUGAAACAACAGAAGAAGAAGAAGCCAAGACAACUGAAGAUAGACCGGUAUCUGAUAUGGAAGCACCUGCAAAACUCGGUAUCAAGAAGAAGGUUAUAGCAUGGAGAAGCCUCAAGAACAAGAUGAAUAUGGAGGGGAAAGAACGUGGAGAGAUACCACGGGAGAUACACCCGGAUUGCAUCUGGAGGAAUAUGAAACUAACUACGAGAAUCCGGAAGGAAGAUUUAGCAAAGAAUACGAAUGGAACGAUGGUGCAGAGAGAGUUCCAACAUUUCGUUUAGAUGAGUCUGAACUGGGAAAACUG